AUGGACUGGACCGCCGAACCAGCAACCGUGGAGAUCGACUCAGAGGACGCCGACUCCGCACUCGGCGACGAACUGUCCACGUCCAGCACGUCGCUCAGUUCCAGCGUGUUGCGCUACGAAUGGAAACAUGGUCGGCGCUACCACUCAUACAACGCCGGCGCAUACAACUUCCCCAACGACGAAAAGGAGCAGGACCGUCUGGAUAUGGUCCACCACGUCUACUACCGCUGUCUGCAUGACCGUCUGUUCUUAGCGCCCAUCGACCCUAACGCCGGUCUGCGCAUCUUGGAUAUCGGCACGGGCACGGGCAUGUGGCCAAUCGAGCUGGGCGAUUUGUAUCCCGGCGCGGGACUGAUUCUGGGAAACGACCUGAGCCCUAUUCAGCCGCAUUGGGUGCCUGCGAAUGUGCGCUUUAUGGUCGAUGAUGUCGAGCAGCAGUGGGCUACAUCCCAGCCAUUUGACUACAUUCACUGCCGGUACAUGGCCGGCUCGAUCAAGGACUGGCCGCGUUUGAUCCGCCAGUGUUAUCAGAACCUGGCACCCGGGGGCUGGCUGGAGCUGCAGGAGUCCGCCAAUACGUUAUAUUCCGAAGAUGGCACUUUAAAACCAGACAAUCCCAUGGUCCAGCUGAUGGAUGGCUUGAUGGAGGCCUGCGACAGGGUUGGUCGAACAUUGGAUCCUGCACCAUCCAUGAAAGCCUGGGUCAAAGACGCCGGGUUUGCGAACGUCAAGCAGCAGAGGUUCAAACUGCCUGUUGGCAGCUGGCCGAAGGACCCGAGGAUGAAAGAGAUUGGCACUUUUCUGGCACUGAAUUUUGUAGAAGGGGUGGAUGCGUUUACGGCCGUGCUGUUCAGGGAUGUUUUGGGCUGGAAACAGGAUGAGGUGGAGAUUCUGAAUUCUAGCGUCAGGGCAGCGGCGCAGCAGAAGGGAAUCCAUCCGCUGUUUGAUUUUUUGGUUGUUACUGCGCAGAAACCGGCGUAA